AAUUCAAAUACUCUCCCAUCCACGAAAGGAUGAUCUAAUUAUUUGUUGGUUUGCUGCAACAAUGAGUGAGAAAUCAUUUAAGAAACGUUAUAAAUAUGCUAUUAACAUGAUAAAUUGCGUGGAAGUUUGCGGAGAGAUUGAGGAAGUAAUACAAAAUAGCAGUGGAAGGAAUAAAAUAAGAUUCAGUUUGCAUCUGUUAUCGCAAUUGAUGUAUGGUGUAACUAAACUUCACUCAUACCAGACUUCGUAUUUUGAGAAAGAAAUUCUUGAAACUCAGCUAAAACUUAGUGUAGUACUGCAAAAAGAAGAUGUUGUAACGAACCUUGAGAAUUUUCCAUUUGAACUAUCUUUGAGAGAAGAAGAUCCUCAAUUGGAUGAAAAUUUACAUUACUUACAUUUACAUAAAGAUCUGGAUCAUGGAUUACAAAUGAUGAUGGAAAAUGCGCACCAAUUUGAAAAUUUUGGCACUUUGAAGAGUUUGACCGACAAAGAAUUGGACAAUGCGUUUGAACAUGAUAUUAAUCUGGAAAGAUUGCGGAUCAUAGAUUUUGACCAAGAAAGACAGGGCGAAAUUCAUGAUAUAGAAAUUACAGAAGAAAUUCACCAAGAAAGACAUUCAUCUCAGACAAGCCAUAGCCCAUUACUUGUGGAUGUAGCUUAUACAAAAACUAAAUCCAAGGAUUUAUCUUUGACUCCACAAAAACGAGGGUCACAAGUUCAUCCGCAGGUGGAAACACCUACAAAGAGAAGAUGUCUAUCUUUUGAGGAUACAAUGGUUGCACCUGUUGCAGAAGAUGUAACUAUUGAAGAAAUAACAGCAGCAGUACUGCGACAGCAGAUAGAACCGCAACUUCAACCUUUAGAUUCAAAAUUUCUUGUAACAAAAAAAUCAAAAAAGAUAAUUGAUAAGAAUAUUAUUUUGAACCCACAAUUAUUUAAAAAAAAAUGUCAAGAUGUAAAUUAUAACUGCAAAAAAUCCGAAAUAGUACAAAAACAUCGCUCUAUAGCAAAUGAACUGUUAAAGCAACCUUCACGCUUGGAACAUAAAAAAUGGGCGGCCAGUUUAUGUGAUCUCUUUAAAAACCAUAUCAUCGGAGAAUUUAAAUCCAGCGCAAACGAAAACAUCAAACCUAUUGGAUUGACAGAAAUCACAGAAGCGAUACGCGCAGAUGAAACUGCAAGCAAGCUAAAUCUGCCUACAGAAUUAAGUACAUUCGGACAAGAUGCUAUGACUAAUGGUUCUACUUUAGUUACCAUCGCGAACAUUGAUCCCAAUAAUCGUUAUCUCAAUGAUCAAGAUGUUGCUCAGGAAACAUUAGCGCAAGAAAUGCUACCAACUCAAACAGUUGGAGCAAAAGAGAUAAUACCAGAAACGCUUGAUAUUUCAGAAGCAGGCAUUUCAAAAGAGUCAAAUGAAAUUUCGCAAGCAUCUCUGAAUCACCAUGACAUUUUGGCUAUAUUGGAGUCUUUAUGGUGCGAUCAGGAAUGUGUUAAGUUUAAUGAACUUGCGCCCGAGACAUACUCGGCAAAAGAUAAGACUACGAUUUUCCAAAUUCUGCUCGAGCUUCAUGCUGGACAAAAGAUAAUUUUGAUGCAAAAAGAUUGCUAUGAUACUCUGUGGAUUCGAAAAUACGAGGAUUUCGACUAA